AAUUCACACAAAUUAAGGUGUUUUGUUCUGACUAAAAGUGACUUGAAAUGUUGGCGUCUAUAAUACUUGUCUUUGUUGUUGUUAAUAGAUAUGUAUCUGCUGAAAGUUCAUGUCAAACAACAGACGGCCGAUAUGAAGUGAGCGUAAUUAGUAGCAGUAUACACAGUGAGACAAUCCCUCAAGUUAUUGCAUUUCAUGCUUACAUUUCAAAACACGUGAUUCCUGGAGCUGGUCGUAGACUUGUGUUUGAUGUGACAAAGACGAACCAAGGAAGCGGCUACAACAGUCAUACUGGAGUAUUUACAUGUCCGAAGUCAGGGAUGUACGUAUUUGUUUGGGUCAUUCGAAUUUAUUCAGGCGAACAUUCGACUGAACUGAUGAUAAAUAAUUCCGUUUACGGGUCCACAUUCUUACGUGCCAAAAGCGGAGAUGAUGGAUCAGUCAGUGGUACAGUUGUUGCAUAUGUGUCUAAAGGUGAUACAGUUUAUAUUCGGAACAAUUCAGUACUUGCCGGAGAUGGUCAAAUUGUGAGUAACGUAAAUGGUAAGCCAACAUUUUCGGGAUGGCUGCUACAGUAGAUAACUUCAACAGAAAUAAAUGUAGUUUGAAA